AUAUACUUUAGUAUAAUUAUUAUUGUUUUUAAAAAUUAUAUGAAUCUGUAAUUUGAUGAGCAUGAAAGUAGAGAUAGUCAUUUUAAAGAGCAAUAGGAAUCGAAAUUAUAUUCAUGCAAAACUGUUAUGUUAUAACAUAAAAAAUCAAGUUUAAAAAAACCAAUGUAAUUUUAAUCUAAGAGAGGUAAGUAUACACACACUUAAAUUUAAAAAAAUCGUCUAAAGGCAACGAGAACAAACUGUUGUGAUUUUUAGCAAGAGAUGUGAGAGUUUAGUUAAAAACUUUGAAUAGACGAAGUUGAGAGAAGUCUUAACAAAGUAAGCAAAAGUAUAAUCAUUACAUUCGUACAAACAUUAAUACUUAUCGUUAUCUCAGUGUUUACGACCAUCAAUGACUUGGCAGAGUUUUAUGUAAAUUAUCGAAAGAUGACUUUUGACCAAUAACAAAAUCUCCUUUAUGUCACAUUUCCUGUCAGAAAUAUCUCUAAAUUAAUUGUGUUUAAAUUCUGAAGUAAUGUCCCUUGCGUCUCUAAUAAUUUUCUAUAUUUUUCUCCUCUACCAAGGUAAACUAACUUUACAAUUAGUUUACACACGUGAAUUCUUGUCCCAAAUCCCUUCUGUCGACUUCUGCCAAGCCGACGCAACUAAAUCCGAUGUCUUCUAUUACUUAUUUAAAAGUAGUGCCCAAACGACUGCUAUAACCAUAAACGAGGACUAUACCUUACCCGAAGAUGACAGAAACCUUCCUAUGAAAAUACUAAUGCAUGGUUACACUUCAAACGUUACAUCACCGUGGUACAAACAAAUGAAGCGGCAGUAUUUCCAAAGAGGACCACAUAAUAUUAUUUACGUCGACUGGUCUAUUGCUUCCAAUAAAAGUUUCGCAGUAUCUGCAGCUAAUAUUAAGCCUGUGGGAGAGUUUAUUGCUGAUUUGAUAGUUAGUUUGAGGGUUCCGGUGGAAAAUGUACAUCUUAUUGGACACUCCCUGGGGUCACACUUGGCCGGUUUUGUGGGCAAAAACAUUUAUGCCAAAACUGGGAAAAAGUUGGCGAGGAUUACAGCUACCGAUGCUGCAGGUCCAGGUUUUGAGAAUGCGAAACCUGAAGCUAGGUUGAACAAACACGACGCUAGGUUUAUCGAUGUGAUACACACAGAUAUUGACUAUUAUGGCAUUUUGAAACCUAUAGGGCAUGUUGAUUUUUAUGUAAACGGAGGGAAGAACCAACCUGGGUGUCCUUCACGCAAAGUAGAUGAUAAUUGUAGCCAUGCUAGGUCUAAUGAUUAUUUCAUCGAAAGCAUAAAUAAAAGAAAUGUUAUGGCGAGGUCGGCGAAACUAAGCGAUGAAGAAGAAAUUGUGCUAACAAGCAGAACUGAAGAUAUAGAGUUCGGGGAUUGGACACCGACGACGGCUAGAGGAAUCUAUUAUCUCAAAACAAAUAAAACAGCUCCUUAUUUAUUGCAGAAAAAACCAAAAGAUUCGUAACUAAUUUGUGUUUUAUUUAGUCUUCUUUGUUGUAUCAACAAAACAAACCCCAGUCAUUGUUUUGUUAAUAUCUUCAGCACCAAAUACGUAAAAGUCGUUUUUUUCACAAGAACCCAUCAUGUGGUCGAGCCAGGAGUCACAUUUAUUGCAGAUAUAUUUUUUCUCAUUUAUAAUUUCCGUAAAACGGAUAUAGCUUCGAGUGUGACUACAAUAGCCUAAAAAUCGAUUUGAAUCCGAGUUUAGAAUACUCUUUUCAUGCUUAACUGUCUUCAAAUAGCUCUCCUGGUGAAGAUAUUUCAGUGAAACUAAUUCUACAAUCAGGCUGUAUUCUUGUUCCCCCAUUAAUAUAAAUAUCAAAGGUC